UCGAAUGGAUUUGACUUGCUUGUCGUGUGCCGAAAUGCUUCGAUGAAUCGCCGUCCUCCAAACACAACGCGAAAAGACAUUUUUGAAUCAAAUUAUUGAAACUCAUGUUUGAGACCGAGUCAGUCAGAUUGAAGAUAAAAGCGACUGGUCAGUUUACAGCGCAGCGGAUUGACGGUGACUUUUAUGUAGUUUAUUUCCACUGAUGUCUCACAUCUUAUCAAGCUGAGUGUGUUGAAGCGCUGUUUAACAUCUAAAGAGACCUAUAACUACACACAAACACAAGUUAAAGAAGAGAGCUCUGGAGAAAUACAGAACUGAACUAUCUACGCUGUUCACCUUGCCGAUCAGGCUUGCAGUGUGUGAGUGGGAUGUCUGCAGAUCAGCUGUGGCCUGACUAUGGUGAAACACCAACCCUUGCAGGUCUAUGAGAGACAGCUGUGUUUGUCCUGCCUGACUGGGAUCUACGGCUGCCGCUGGAAACGGUACCAACGCUCCCAUGACGACAGCUCCAAGUGGGAAUGUUCAUGGUUCUUCCUCCUCUGCUGUUCAUUUUUCCUCCUCCUCGUGUGGUCAUACUUCUGGUGGGAAGCUCGUAAUGACUACAACGAGUUCAACUGGUUGUUAUAUAAUCGUUCAGGCGUUUGGAAGGAUGGCACAGUCCCUAUUCUUGCCACAACACUUACUGGAUUCACUUACACUGCAUUUUUAAUGAUUCUUGCACUUUGUCACAUUGUACUGGGGCAGCAGCUUAACCUCUACUGGAUCCACAAGAUUGGAGUUCUGGCUGUUCUUCUCACCACCAUCACAGGUGUAGUGUCCAUUGAUGAUUUUUGGCAGGACGAAUGGGACAUUAUCCUUAUUUCUCUACAGUUCACAGGUCCAUUCCUGCACAUCGGGGCCUUAGCUGUGGUCACAGCGUUAGGGUGGGUCGUCGCCAGUCUGGUGGUACGAGGAGAAAGAUCAAGACUUCAGAUUGUUAUACUGGUGGUUUAUGUAUGUGUUCUUCUGGUGCUGUAUCUGGUUCCUCUCUUCAUCUCUUCUCCCUGCAUCAUGGACCGGUCAAAGCUUGGUCCUCGUCCUGCUGUCAUUGGCCGUCGUGGAGCUCCAAUGCUUGCUCCAGAGCACACUUUUAUGUCCUUCAGUAAAGCUCUGCAACAGAAAGUCACUGCCUUAGAAGCAGAUGUUGCCAUCAGUCUGGAUGGAGUCCCCUUUCUGAUGAGGGAUCGGACAUUACGCAGGACCACAGAUGUGGACAAGCUGUUUCCUUCCCGACAGGACAACGACGCCUCGCUCUUUAACUGGACAGAGAUCCGCAGUCUCAAUGCUGGACUUUGGUUCCUCAGGGAUGAUCCGUACUGGACAGUGCAGUUCAUGUCGGAGAAGGACCGCAACCGUACGGCCAAUCAGACGGUGUGUAGCCUAGCAGAGCUUCUGCGUCUGACGGCACGAACAAAUCGAUCUGUGAUCUUCAGUCUGCGGCGACCUCCACCCCAACACCCCCGACACCAGCUGUGGGUCAGUGAUGCACUGAAGGUGAUUCAGAGAUCCAGCAUCCAACCAGAGCAGGUGAUGUGGACGUCUGACUGGUACAGGAAGAAGGUGCGUGCGGCGGUGCCACUCCUGCAGCAGACGUCAGAUGAGAAACUUCCUGUAGCUGAGCUAAAAGACAGAGGAAUCAGUACACUCACCCUGCACUACAGUCAAGCCAGAACUCAGGAUAUCAGGCAGUUUUCUCGCAGUAAUGUGAGUGUGAAUGUGUAUCCAGUGAACGAGCCGUGGCUUUACUCGCUCAUGUGGUGCAGCGGGGUCCAGUCUGUCUCCUCUGAUGCUCCACACAUCCUGAAGAAAGUGCCUAUUCCAAUGUGGAUCAUGAGUGCAGAUGAAUAUGGCCUGAUAUGGAUCACUUCCGAUUUAAUCUCGGUAGCGAUUGUCAUUGGCAUUUUCACAUUUCAAAACUAUCACCUGAUCAGGUGGAAGAUGAGUGGCAUGCGCACUUACAACCCUGAGCAGAUCAUGUUGAGCGCUGUAGUCCGUCGGCCGAGCCGUGACGUCAACAUCAUGAAGGAGAAACUGAUCUUCUCAGAGAUCAACAAUGGUGUUGGUAGCACAGAUGAGCUUUCCGUGUACACAGGAAAUGGACUGGACGCAUAUGCGCAUGAUGACAUCGUGACCCCCAUACGUCAUACAGCUAAACUUUAGAGAAGCCUGGACUUCAUGUUUGAAUCUGCUUUAUUGAAGGAACAUCUCAAUAUCUCAACAUUGGAACGUGCAUCUCUGAUGUUUAUUUAAAAGAUAUACAUCACUUUACGCACACUCUGGGGACUCGGGAGAUAGUGUCAGCACUCCAUCCAAACUUCUGUUUGUACAGAAAUGUGUUCUGUAUUCCACUGUUUCAGUGUUCUGCUUUAACGCCUUAUGUACUGUUCUUUCUGUAUCAAACUGUGUUUAAAAUGGAGCUGAGUUACUGUAGCCAGUUUGGACUGAGUCCAAACUGUUGAUAGCAGAUAAUUAAAGUGUCUUGUUAAUAAUGUUCUUGAUCUGGAGAACAGACUGAAGUUUAAUGGACUAAAUGUUCAAAGCAAAGCAAGUCGGAACGGUAGGUUUUAUAUCUCUUGUAAAAGAGGGAGUAGUAUUUGACCCAAACUAGCCAGACUGUAAAGAUUAUAGAGUCAUAUUAUUAUUUAUAUUUAAUUUAUUAUAUUUUUAUAUCUUAUUUCCUUCCUGGUGAUUCAUAUAUCUCAUUGCAGUAGCUCAAAAUCUGCUUCCUUCUACACUGCUGUAUUGUUGUCUUAUUUUGUAAUGAAAUCUUUCUCAAGUG